CCAAAUCACACCCACGACAAAUAUCCGGCAAAACCCGACUCCGCCGAGCCGACUUUAGUGUGCUCGCUGACACAAUAGACUAUUUUGAUUUUUGAAUAGUACCAAUUACCAAACCAGCCCUGACUCCCUGAGGUUUGACGGAGGUUGGGUUGGAUGGGUGGCCCUUCCUCUCCCCGUCGGGAGAACGACGGCGAGGGGAGUGGCGGGAGAUCUCCGGCUCCGGCGACAUGGAAGGAGCGCCCGAGGUCCUUCGACGAGAAGACCAGGACGGCGUGUUGGCGUAAGGCAGCGGUGCUGUCGGGACGGCACCCGGAACGCUGGCGGCAGGACGCCGUGGGCAACGUGGUCUGCCGCCGUUUCUGGGGCUGCCACGGAUGCCUCUGCUACGAGUACGACCACAUCGUCCCUUUCUCCAAAGGAGGAGAAUCCACUGUUGAGAACUGCCAGAUCCUCCAGACUAGGGUGAACCGUUCCAAAUCUGAUAAAGCAUGGGUAGCGCAAGCAGAGAUGCAGGGUUUUUCCUGCGAUAUUAUGUUUACUGAUAAGGAGCUAGAUAUAAUUGAGAUGGCUGUGUACGGGGACGUCAUUCGUCCAGGGAAGCAAUGUCGCUGCAGAACAGUAGCCGAGGUGCUCGGGCAGGUGAAGCCAACGAAUCGCAUGGCUGCAUGUGAGUUACCAGACAAAGGUGCCUCUUAAAAUGUAUAAUUCGAAUAAAUUGGUUUCGACCCUCACCUGUCAGAAUACAACCUUUUGUAGCGCAGUUGAUUCCAUUCAACAGAGGAACUUGAGUUCUUUCUCACAAGUCAUAAUCUUGGGAAAUGGAUGCAGUUGAUCUGCAGCCUGUGCUCAUUCAUGAUAUCUGCUCGUAAACAUUCUGUUGAUUUUUUUGUUGUUACAUAUUGAUUGAUGGCAACGUUAUCAAUGAAUUGGCCCAUUCCAAUAAUUGGGCUUGAAAAUAA